AGCGUUCAGCACGGGUCUAGAGUCCUGGGCGGCCGCUGGGAGGGCGCUGCAGGUCUGCUGGCGCCACUCGUCUCUGCAGUGCGCGGUGGCUCGCUGGGCCCUGGGUGGGCGUGGCCGCACCCCCGCAGUCGCCUGUAAAGGAGGGACCAGAGUGUGCGGGUUAACUUGAGAAUUGGCGGCUCUAGGUUCUGGUGCGAGACUCCUUAUUUGUGUUGUAAAUUUGGACGGAGGUAGAGAUGGACGCUGCUCUCCUUAACACUGAGUUCUCAGUCUGGAAAGGUAAAGACAUUUGAACUGAAAAAAAGCAAGAUGAACUGAAGAAAAUGAGUUUUUUUCCAAAGGAGAUAGAAUAUGGGGAAGAUGAGAUGUCAGACGAUGGAAGUAGAGAUGAGGCUGUCAUCCCUCAGAAAAAUGGUGGGAAGGUUACUACUGCUCCAGAAAAUAAAGUCGGGGGGGAAACGUCUCCAGCUCCCGUGGUGGCUGAGAAACUAACAUCGCCACACAGGAAGACAGCCACGUGGGCCAAAUUGCCAAAAGACAGGAGGAGUGGGAACGAUGAGGAGGAAGAAGAUAAGAACACGGAGUUGGGCCAAGAUGAGAAAGAGCCUAUCAAAAAAACACCUGAUAAAUGGAAGAAGGAGAUGGCUAAACAGAAGGCUUCCCCUGAAAUCAAAAAACAGAGAUUGGAAGCUCGAAAUACCAAAACACUUUUGAUCAAGGACCUGCCUGAUAAAGUCACUCAGCGUGAGUUAAAAGAAGUGUUUAAGGAUGCCUUUCAAAUCAGAUUGGUGAGCAAGGAUGGGAUGAAUAAAAGGAUCGCCUAUGCUGACUUCAAAUCACAGGCUGAUGCAAAGAGGGCCUUGGAAGACAAGCAAGGAACAAAGAUUGGAGGGCUUGCCGUAGCUCUGGACCCUGUUGGAGAGAAAAGUCAAGGCCAAGAAGAGAGAGGCUGGAAGAACAGCACGCGGAGAAUGGGAAAACGAAAGCUAGAGCAAGAAAGCCACACAUUUCAAGAAAAAUGGGAGCGAGCCUAUUUCUUUGUGGAGGUAAAGAAUGUCCCUACGUGUUUAAUAUGCAAACAAAGCGUGUCUGUGUCGAAGGAGUAUCACCUCAGACACCAUUAUGAAACAAACCACAGCAGGAACCAUGAGGGAUAUACAGAAAAGAUGCGUGAUAAAAAACUAAAUGAGCUGAAAAAAAGACUGAAAUUUCAACAUGAUGUCCUUUUGAACGUGAAUAAAAUAAGUGAUGCUGCUAUGAAAUGCAGUUACGUAUUAAGUGAGAAAAUUGCCCGGGCGUCCAAACCUUUUACAGAUGGCGAGUUUAUAAAGGAAUGUCUAUUGAGUGCCGCGGAGAUUAUGUGCCCUGAACAGAGACACGCAUUUGCGAACAUAAGACUAAGUGCUAAUAUUGUUCCGCAGCACGUUGGCGAUGUGGCUGGGAACUUACAGGACAAGUUGCGAGGAAAAGGUAAAUCAUUUGUGGCUUUCUCCAUUGCAGCUCAUGAAGGGGCUGAUGUAGAUAAUGCCCCCCAACUGGCUGUAUUUAUUCGUGGUGUUGACGAAACUUUUGAUGUGACCGAAGAGCUUUUGGACAUGGUACCCAUGACAGGCACCUCAUCAGGAAACGAAUUAUUUGUAUGUGUUGAGGAAAGUCUUAAAAAAUUUAACGUAGACUGGUCGAAAUUAGUCAGUGUUAGCACCGAUGGCAAUUCUGCACAGGUUGGUGUUGAACAACUUGUUACAGAACUUAAAUCUAAGGUGUCAGGGCUUUGCAAAGACACAGAGCUUAAGUCUGUGCACGGCCUCAUUCUCCAGGAGUCACUUUGCACUAAAAAGUUAAAAAUGGAUCAUGUCAUGGACAUAGUAAUUCACACCAUAACCUGGAUACGUUCCCAUGGCUCAGACCACAGAGAGUUCAGUGCUUUGUUCAGUGAGUUAGAUGCACAGUAUGGAAGCUUGUUCUCCGUGGGACUUAAGUGGCUGAGUCGUGGCAUGGUGUUAAGGCGGUUUUUCGAACUGUUGGAAGAAAUUGAUUUUUUCAUGUCUUCUAAAGGAAAACCUGUUCCCCAGCUUACUAGCAAAGAUUGGGUCAAAGACUUAGCCUUUCUGGUUGACAUUAUGACUUACCUAAACAUGUUGGAUAUCUCCCUGCAAAGGCGUUCACAAGUGGUUACGCAGAUGUAUGACUCAAUUCACUCGUUUUUGAUGAAACUGUGUCUUUGGGAGACUCAUUUGGCAAGGAACAAUCUGGCCCACUUCCCCACGCUGAAAUUAGUUUCCGAAAAUGAAAAAGAUGGCCUGAACUAUAUUCCCAGAAUUAAAGAGUUGAAGACUGAGUUCCAAAAACGGUUCUCUGAUUUCAAACUUUAUGAAAGUGAGCUGACGUUGUUCAGUUCACCUUUCUCAGUUAAUAUUAACAAUGUGAGCGAGGAGCUACAGAUGGAGGUUAUUGAACUACAGUGCAACACGAUACUGAAAACGAAAUACGACUGUGUCGGAAUCCCAGAAUUCUAUAAACACCUUGGGAAUGGUUACCCUAAAUAUAAGAACCAUUGUGCAAAGAUUCUGUCCAUGUUUGGAAGUACCUACGUUUGUGAGCAGCUAUUUUCAGUUAUGAAACAACAGAAAACUACUAAGUAUUGCCCCCAGUUAAAAGAUUCAGGGGUGACUUCCCUGCGGCACGUCGCUGCACCAGAUACACACCCUGGCGUCGAAUGACACCUCGGGGCUUAAGAAAGGAAUGUCACGUUUUGGAUUUCAAAUCUAAGGAGUAAUACAUUAUGAGACUGAUUAUUUCGAUUUCCAAAUUGUAUUUGUUCACUGUCAAAUUUAAAAUACAAUCUCUGGCAUCCUAUGUUUGUAUCUUACCACGUAUAAAAUAAAGUUUGAUUAUACCUUG